AUGCUUCAUGUGGAUGGCACACGUAUCGUCAACCCUGCUGGUGAAACGGUUAUCCUUAAAGGUGCGGGCAUUGGUGGUUUCCUCAACAUGGAAAACUUCAUUACUGGAUUCGCAGGACAUGAGCACGAGCACCGGGCACAGUUAGCCUCUGUGUUGGGACAAAAGAGGGCCGAAUAUUUUUUCGACAGACUGAUUCAUCACUUCUUCUCCGAUGCGGAUGCAGCAUACUUUGCCUCCCUUGGUCUCAAUUGCAUCCGUCUUCCAUUCAAUUACCGGCACUUCAUUGAUGACAUGAGUCCUAAUGUCCUCAAACCCGGAGGUUUUGCCUUGUUGGACCGGUGUGUCGAUAUAUGUGCCCGACACAACAUCUACGUCGUACUUGACCUCCACGCUGUUCCCGGAGGACAGAACCAGGACUGGCACUGUGACUCUGGAGCUGCACGAGCCCAGUUCUGGGACUUCAAAGACCACCAGGAUCGCGUCGUUCAGCUCUGGGAGGCGCUCGCCAGACGCUAUGGCGGAAACCCAGUUAUUGCAGGCUACAACCCCCUCAACGAGCCUGCAGACCCGACCAUGACCGACAAUGGCUUUUACGGCGCUCGGCUUGUGCAGUUUUGCGCCAGGAUUGAAAAAGCUAUCAGAGCUAUUGACCCGGACCAUAUGCUCUUCAUAGACGGCAACACUUACGCCAUGGAUUUCCGAGCGUUCACGGAGAGCCCUCUGCUACCUAACACAGUGUAUGCUUGUCAUGACUACAACAAGAUGGGGUUUCCUACUGGGCAGCAAUACGAAGGCACGAAAUCCCAAAGAGAGUAUCUAAGGAGUAGCUUUGAGCGCAAAGUCAAGUUUAUGCGCGAGAACAACGUUCCCAUCUGGAACGGUGAAUUCGGCCCUGUUUACGACGACGAGAGAAGAGUGGGAUCGGCUACAGCAGCAGAAACAAAUGAAAAGAGAUUUGCCCUGUUGAAGGAGCAGCUUUCCAUCUAUGCGGAAACUGGAGUCAGCUGGUCGAUUUGGCUUUACAAGGAUAUUGGAUACCAGGGUAUGGUGUACGUGGAUCCAGAGACGCCUUAUAUGAAGCUCAUCCAGCCAUUUGUUACUCGGAAACAGGAGCUAGGACUGGACUUCUGGGGUGUUGUUGACAAGAGUGGUGUGGAGGGUGUGUACGGGCCAUUUAUUUCUGGCCUUAAGAAAAUGGUACCGGAGGUGUAUCACUCGGUCAAGUACCCCAAGGUCUGGUCAUUUGACCGACAUGUGGAGCGUGUUGUGAGAGAGUGCUUGAUGAGUGAGUAUGUUGGGUGGGAAAUGGCUGAACUGUUUCGGGGCAAGACGGAGGAAGAACUGGAGGUGUUAGCAUCAAGCUUUGCGAUGGAAAAUUGCAAACAGCGGGAUGAGCUGAGCGCUAUUCUCAGGGAAGAUGCUAUCAGCUAG